AUGCCCCCCCCGAAGAAUGAGCGCAUCUUUGAGCCGAAUGCAUCCAUCGUGCUCAUCGGCUGCCGUGGCGCAGGAAAGCGCACGCUGGGAUUUAUGGGUGCGCUUCAUCUCCGCCGCCGUCUGGUCACCGAGGACCACUAUUUCGAGAAGCUCACGGGUCUGACCCGGGCCCACUAUCUCGCAAGGCACGGGAGAGAGCAUUUCGCCCGCCAGAGCAUUGACGUGUUCAAGCGCAUGCUCGACAGCAACCGGACUGGGUGCAUCAUCGAGUGUGGUAUGAGCAGUCUGAGCGAUGAGGCCCAAGAUGCCUUGCGCGAGUACUCUCAAACCCAUCCCGUGGUAUACAUCCACCGCGAGAAGGAGCAGAUAUCGCGUCUCAUGGAUGCCGCAGACGCCGAACAGCUGUUGAAGGCCGACGAGAAGCACAGAAGCUGCUCCAACUUUGAGUAUUACAAUCUCUACGACCCCUCAACUCCCUCCCCGGCCCAUGCGACAGUACCCAUCUCCGGAACCAGCACCCCGGUAGGUAGCCAGCAGCAUGCGCCUUCAAAACUCCUCGGCGUGAGGGAAGACUUUGCAAGAUUCCUCGACAUCAUCACCGGACGGGGCGCAACCAAGGCGUGGCUGGAGAGCCCCUUUUCUGUCGCCGCUAUCCCUCCCGAGUUUCGGUCUUACUCAUACGCCCUACGCCUUCGUCUCUCGUACUUGAUGGCCAUGGACCUGGAAUGGGAGGACUUUGAAGCGCGGGGGGACUGUAUCGAGCUAAUUAUUGACCACUGGCCCGAGGAUCUUCUGAACAUCAUCGCAAGACAGGUUGCCUUAAUAAGGAGGAAACUAGGCAUACCCAUCAUCUACCACGUCGAGGAGAACCCUCGCGGAGAGCGCCGAAGGCCACUAGAGGAGCGAAACGCAACGGAUGCCGAGCUGCUUGAGCUUGGGCUUCGACUCGGGGUUGACUACAUCAGCGUAGACCUGCAGCGUGACGAGAGCUUAGUACACCGCGUCUUACAACAUCGGGGCAGGUCAAAGGUCAUUGGCAACUACUGGUAUAUGGGUCUGAGCGCCCUGCCCUGGCAGGACCCCAAGCAAAUUGAAAACUAUCAAAGGGCACAAUCUCUAGGCUGCGACCUGGUCCGGAUGGUGCGCUUCUGCAUCGGAAAUACCCCGGCCGAGCUCCUCGGAGACUUCAAAAAGCGUUUAAACGAGGUAGUGCCCGACCCCAAACCGCCGCUCGUGGCCUACGACUUCUCCAUCCUCGGGGCGAGGACACCGUUCCAGAGCCGGAUCCUCAACCCGGUACGACACCCAGACAUGGAAAACGAGCGGGACCACCUCGCGACCGUGACCACCUACCCGGCCUCGUUCGAGCUGCUGUUCGGCCAGUUCCUGCUCGACCCACUCCAGUUCUACGUGCUGGGCUCCAAUGUGUCGUACUCGCUCUCGCCGGCCAUGCACGGUGCGGCCUACGACUUUUCGUGCAUGCCGCACACCUUUCAAGCCGUGACAUGCUCGACGCUGGACCGGCUCAACCAGAUCUGCGCGAGCGACUCGUUUGGCGGCGCCUGCCUGACGGCGCCCUUCAAGGUGGCCAUCAUGCCGCACCUCAAAGUGAAAAGCAGCCACGCCGAGGCCAUUGGCGCCGUCAACGUGCUGCUGCCGCUGCGCGGGCGCACCUCCGCCAUCCUGGACCACGCCAACUCGCGCAACAAGGCCGGGCUCGCAAAGGAGUUCUUUGGCGACAACACCGACUGGAGCUCCAUCCUCACCUGCCUGCGCAGAGCCAUUAGUCCGAGGAACUACGUCCAGCCCAGCAAGACGACCGCCCUCGUCGUCGGCGCCGGCGGCAUGGCCCGCGCCGCCAUCUACGCGCUCUACCAACUGGGCUGCCGGAAUGUAUUUGUGUAUAACCGCUCCGUGAACCGUGCGCUCGAGGUGGCGGCGCAUUUCAACGCGUGGGCGGCGGAGCAGGCGGUUGGUCAUGCUGCUGCUGUUGGGCCAGCGACUGCCGGUGCGGGUACGAGCCUGGUCAACGGCGUGGGUGCACCGCGCGAGUUUUGUCGGGUCCUGCAGUCGCUGUCGGAUCCGUGGCCUAGGCAAUACCAGCUACCAACCAUGGUCAUUUCGUGCGUGCCCGCCACGAGCGUCGACGGGAACCCGCCGGCGGACUUCGUCAUGCCCUUGGACUGGCUGAGGAGUCCCACGGGAGGUGUGGUGGUCGAGCUGGCGUAUGAACCCCUCGUCACACCCCUCGUAGCCCAAAUGCAGGCCGUCCGAGACACCAUGUCUCCCUCAUGGGUGGUGGUUGACGGGCUGGAAGUGGUCGCGGAAAUGGCCAUUGAGGCAUUUGAGUUAAUGACGGGCCGGCCGGCGCCCAAGAGGCUGAUGAAGGAGGUGUGCAGGAAGACAUGGGAGGGGCAGCAGCAGCGCAGUCUUCAGUUUUUACGCUAA